GUAUACAUUUCGGAAUGCAAGCAGUAGCCCAGUGAAAAGAUGGUGCUCUGAAUGGUCGAGACAUUCGUUCCGUGGUCGUUCCUAGCUGAUGAACCGUGGUUGCCAGCCAUAUUGUUUUACCGCAGUGUUUGUUUUGGUGCAGCCUGGUCGAGGUACGAAGAAAUCCGCGGAGAUCGGCACGUAGGAAGUCAGAACAGCUAGAGUGCGUUUAAAGGAACUAUUCAGACGGUGCGCGUAUACGGUGGUUUUGCUGUAUUUUUCGGCAUAAUCAUCGUUACUCGCGGGUUAAGCCCAUAAUUAUCUGUGGGUGUCAGUCGUGAACCAGGACGGCGAACGGUAGAAAUGGCCUGCGCCACUCUAAAGAGAUCUUUGGAGUUCGACCCGGUGCAUAGUCAUGGACGUCCUAGUAAACGACGAAGAUGCGUACCAAUGUGUGUUUCUCCCGGUACAUCGACGCAAGCCAAUUCCAGGCCACAGAAUCCCUCGCCUUUCGGCGAAGUAACCCACAAACUGACGCCUGAAAAAAUGGUUGCCAAUAUAAGAGAAGAAAUUCGGAGACUGCAUCGACGCAAACAAUUGCAUUUUAGUCCUCAAAACAAUAGUGGUGAUUCUUCAGACAUGGAAAGUCCUGCUAGUCCUUCGAGCCCCUCAGCAUGUGGUUCAAAUUCAUGUAGUUAUAAUCCUAGUGGAAAGGAAAAACCAUUAUUCACAUUCAAACAGGUCGGUUUAAUUUGCGAGCGGAUGCUCAAAGAACAGGAAUCACAAAUUCGAGAAGAGUACGAUCAGAUUUUGAACAUGAAGUUGUCAGAGCAGUAUGAUGCUUUUGUGAAGUUUACGUACGAUCAAAUACAGAAACGAUUCGAGACAGCUGCAGCACCGAGUUAUCUAUCCUAAAACAAGAUUCUUAUUUAUAAGGACAUGUUUCUGUGAAGAAUAUUAGAUUUCUACUGUGUGAGACAAAUUUUGCUUGAAGUUUAAGUCGAGGUAUGCAGCACCGCCUCGCUCAAGAAAACGUCUUUAAGAAAAUUCAUACUAUGAUUUACUUUAAAAAAAAAGAAAGCAAAAAAAAAACAUAAAAAGUAAACGUGUCUGGUAAAAAAUGAAAAAAAAUUAGUAAUGUAAGUUUAGUAGAGAUCUCGUUGUUUAUACUUUCGGGUGUAAACAGUGUUCUCAUGGAAGGAGUAUACCAAUAUUUCGCGAGUAUGCAGUUAACUUCGUCAGAAGGUCGAGUAAUACACUGAUAUUUAAUACCGAUACUGUAUCAGUGUAUCACUUGACCUCUUAAUAAAACUAGUUCCAAUACUACGCAAAGCGACGGGAUACUUUUCUCGCAAAGAACGUAGCUUUACACCUAAAAGCCUCAACAGUGAGAUCUGUACAACACCGGGCCGUGAAAGCCACAAAUCUCUAGUAAGUUUAGUAGGUUUGCAGCGACAACAAUGAUACUACGAAAAUCUACAGUGUAUACUAUUGAAUUUACAUGAACUAACAAUAUUUGUACUGGCUGAUGUUAGAAAUGCGCUGGUAUCAGGGAACUGUACUAAGAUUCUAGUUAUGUACAGAUAUUAAUACAUGUAGAAGUUAAAAUACAGUGCAUAACUAUGCUUAAAGUCAGGAGCCACAAAACUUGUUUGGCUCGCACAGGGCUUUGUAAACGUCACGUAAUCGAUUUAAAUUAGUUAAAUGUUCAGUUCUUGCACGUUAUAACGGAGAACGUUACGAACUAUAAAGUAAGAAUGCGAAUAACUUUUUUGUCGAUUUGAUGGUACAUAUUGUAUUAGAUAUUGCUCAAUUAUAUGCAAUAACAAAUACUCUUGUAAUUUACACAUGCAAAAAUGUGCAAGUGAAAUCUUUGGUGAGAAAUACUGUGCAUACAAAGAGAGAUUAUAAAACCCAUAUACCAGGGAAAGUUGUUUCCAUGGAGUUUUAAUUAUAUCUUAAUUCUAGAAAGUUGAAAAUGUAUGUAUUUAGACAAAUUUAUUUUUACUGUCGUGAUAUGAAAUGUUUGUUUUAUUUUAUGUAUGAUUUAUUGCAUGUAUAAAUUACCAUUGUGAGCAACAUUCCCCAAAAUGGAUGUGUUCGAACUUAGGUAACACGCAUUAACUCACAGAAUUAAAAUACAUAAAAUUCUUUAAAUAGAUGCAAAAAUUUGGUCGUUUUAUAGAGAUUAAACAAUUGGUUCUGAUUAUUUUAAAGUGCAUCAUUUAUGUGUUAUGAAAACUUACAUUCAUUUGGACUUGCCUAUUUGUUAGAAAAUUUUUUGUUAGUAAAACAUCUAAUUUAAAAUACAAACACGAGGAUUUGUAAAGAGGUCAAAGUAACAUAGUCUAUAGCAUUGUACGAACGUAUUGUCAGAAACGAGUAUUUGAAAUAAAGAUUUCAUAAAAUUUGGCAAAUAUUUCUGUUCCCUGGUAGCAACGACUUUCUGUAGCAUAAUAAAACAGUGAAUAAUGAAUAUAUUAUACCUAUACUUUAACUGUGCCUAUUAUUAGACAUAUUUAUCGCGAUAAUUCUAGUAUAUAUUACUUACUGAUAUCGAUCGUAAAAUUUUUAGUUUAUAAUCAUUCGUUUUUAUAUCGUAUCUCGUUUUCUUGCGCUGAUUUUGGCUUUUUCAUCCUUCUUUUUUUUAUACGCAAAAAAAAAAAAAAAGAGUUCAAAUAAUAAACUAUGAUUAAUGUGAAUGUGGUUUUCUUGGUUGCUGCAUGCGAUUUUUGUUGUUGUUGUGGCAUGAAAUUUAUUCAUAUCAAAAAAGCAUCGAGCACCAAGAAACAUUUAUCUGAAGGAGUCAGUACAUUACAAAUUUGUGUUAUUACUAUUUAAGAAGUAUAUAUCGAAAGAACAAUUGUUUCUCCAUCUGUGAAAUUACAUUCUGAAGAGGGGCAUUAACAAUUGCCUUAUUCAUUCACAAAA